AAUUAUUAUGUGCGAAUUAUUAGUUAGGCGGCUUGCCUCCAUUCUUUAUUUAUUGGGUUGCAAACUACCAUUAUCUAGCUAGUUUGGGGCAUAACAAUAACAAUAAUUAAUUAUGAGUCAUUACCAUUAAUGAAGGUGGUUGGGCCUAUUAAAUACUCCUCAACUGGCAGGAGGUUUUCCUUUUCUUUGAUGUGGGAUUGAUGCCUUCCCAAAUAGGAAGUAGCUCCUCAGUUCAAGCCUCAAUCCAAGAGAUUUUACUACUAUCCAAUGGCCUCUGGUGUUGCCUGCUACUGGUGUCACGGUGUCGGUGUGUGGUCUGGAUGUCCCGGUGUAGUAUGGUGGUAGUAGAAAGUUCAUUUAAUAGUUCAGUAUAUUCCUACUGGUGUAUAUGGAUACAUUUGCCCAAGUUUUAAAACUAAUAUUACGAGUGCAAUUGACCUCAAAUGAGCCACCUUGGUAGGUUUGUUAACCUUGCCAAUAUGGCAAACACGAGUAAAACUAACCUGACGCAAUAAAUGAUUAGCCAAUAUUAAAUUAGUAACCUUAGGUACUAUAAAAAAAAUAAAAAAGGGGUAAUCUUAAGUAACCUGACAUGUCCCUAUUUGUCUCUCUAUCGAGCUCAACGCUGCACUCCCCUUCCUUUUCCUCUUCAUCUUCCUCUCCCCGUGAUAAGAAAAACGAGAUGCAUAGGAUGGUGGAUUGGUGGGGUCUCUGUGCAGCUUUAGCGAGCAGCAGCCCCUACCUUGUUUUGCUGAACGAUCUCCUUCUCAUUCCUAUUUGGCACUACGUCUUGGCCUUCCUCACAAUCUCCUUCGCAUUCCUCUACUAUUUCCUUGAAUUCCAUUUCCUCCAUGACCUUUUCACCGGAUUCAGAGGCUGCCCUGUCACCUUGACCUACCACUCCUCCUCCCAUAUCUACCAUGACGUCGUUUCCAAGUGUCGGAUUCUCCAUUCCAGGUAUUUGGUCACGCCCUGGCUCUCAAGCCCUCAUGUACAGACCGCCUUCCUCAGUAUCUUUGGUCGACCUCCACUUUUCAACUACCGGAGACAACUUUUUCAUCUAUCUGAUGGUGGAACUAUUGCCUUGGAUUGGUUACUGAACUCUGAUGUUCUGGGAAAUAACUUUGACAUAACAACUGCUAUUCCGAAAGAUGAUAUAAACCCGAUUGUGCUAGCCAUUCCUGGAUUGACAAGUGACUCCGAAUCUGCUAGUAUAAAGCAUCUUGCUUUUAACACGGCGCAAAAGGGAUGGAACGUUGUUGUUAUCAACCACAGAGGUUUGGGUGGUGUUCCAAUUACUUCCGAUUGCUUUUAUGAUGCUGGUUGGACAGAGGAUCUACGGGCAGUCAUUAAUCAUCUCCAUCAUGAAUACCCCAACGCUCCUUUAUUUGUUGUUGGAAUGAGUAUGGGAGCCAACAUUUUGGUGAAAUAUCUUGGGGAGGAUGGAGAUAGUAUUCCAGUUGCUGGAGCUGUAGCAAUAUGUUCUCCUUGGGACCUUCUGAUUAGUGAUAGAUUUUUACACCGUAGGCUGUUGCAAAAAAUUUAUGGAAGAGUUCUUGCAAUUGGCCUUCAAGACUACGUACAAUUACACCGGCCUAUUUUUUCUCGGCUCACUAAUUGGGAAGGUAUUAAAAAGUCGCGUUCUAUUCGUGAUUUUGAUCAUCAUGCUAUUCGCCUUCUUGGGAAAUUUGAGACUGUGGACACAUAUUAUCGGCAUUGUAGCAGUGCUAGUUAUGUGGGAAAUGUGUCAGUGCCACUACUCUGUAUCAGUGCAUUAGAUGAUCCAGUUUGUACUUGGGAAGCCAUUCCUUGGGAUGAAUGCAGGGCAAACUUAAAUAUUGUAUUGGCUACCACAAAGCGUGGAGGACACUUAGCUUUCUUUGAAGGAUUAACUGCUACCGGCAUUUGGUGGGUAAGGGCUGUGGACGAAUUCUUAAAAGUUUUACAUUGUAGCCAACAUAUGCAUGUAAAGAAGGUGGCAAGUUCUUACCCACCAUUAAUAAUUGAACCAGGAGAAGGUAAAAUUUCAGCAGAGCGAGAUCAACAGAGGUCACAGCCAAAGUCAGAUUCUUUGGCUAAUGUCGUACAAUCUUCUGAACAAGCUACUAUGCCUCUUGAUGUAAUUGCUCAUGCUAGAAGAUGCUUAGAUCUGCUAUCUCGACAGAGUAGGUGGCCAUUGUGGUUGCUUGUUUAUACUGCUAUUAUGACAAGCUGGCCGAUGGUAGGUUCUGUUCUCAAGAUUGCAUUACAAAAGAAGCUCAGAAAUGUCUUACCUGACGCUUUCCUCAAAACAUGAGCACAUUUUAUUUACCUUAAUAUUGUAUGCCAAGUCUAGGUUCUUGAUCCCAACUAUAUAAAUAAACAAUACAGUUUAAUACAUGACUAGCAUCACCUGUGUAUUAUGUAAAACUUAUAAUUAAGUUGCAAAACCCAAUGUACAA